AUGAGUAAAAUCAAAACUGUUACUUUGUAAGAGGAUAUUAUUGAAAAACUUAAAAAUACAAAGAUGAGUCAUUUAAAAAUAGAAGAAUUAAGUGUUAUGAUUGUUGCAAUUUUUGGUUACAAACAAAAAUUCUAAGAAAGCUAAUUUUUACUUAAGCAAUAACAAUUAGAAGAAAAAUUAUAAUCGUUCUAUACUAAUUUGAUAUAAGUUAAUUAAUUCGUUAACAAAAAUAAAGGAUUUCUAGGCUUUUUUAAAUAAAGUGAUGAAAUAAAAAUGAAACAACAAGAAAUUUAUAGAGAAGUAAAAGAAUUAUAUUAACAAACUAUUAAUUUUUUUGAAGAUUCUUCUCAUAUCACUGCAAGUUCAUAUACUAAAGAAAAAUAGGUAAUAGAUUAAGAUUUCAUCGAAAUUUAAAUAAUUAUUACAGUAAAUCAUCCAAAGUUUCUUCCAAUAAAAUCUGAAUUGAAUUCAAUAUUAUUAUAGGCUCCUUAUUCAGAUGUAUAUGAAUCAGUCAUCUUAAGAAGAAAAUUGAUAAGGAAGGUAAAAGAAAAAACUAAAUAAAUAUUAGAUUAAGAUUAAAUAAAAUAUUUGGAUAAAUUUAAUGAAAAGAAAAGUAAUACUUAAGUCUUUGUAGUAAGCUAUUCUAGAUAAAAUUAAACAACUGAAAUUUCUUCAGAAAUCUAUCCUUAUGUUAUCACUACAAAUAAUCAAUAAAAUAGAAUAUAUUUAUGUAAAGGAAUGAAAUUAAAGUUUUUUCCAUAACAAACUCUAAUAGUGAUGGAUACAAAUACUAAAAAUGAGAAUUUGACUAAUUUUUCAGGUGUCACUUAAUAUACUAUAAAUUAACCAUUAAAUAACAAUAUUCAAAUAGCUGAUUAUGCUUAUAUUAAGUUUGAGUAUUUCGAAGUUGAUUAAGAUUUAGAAGAGAAAUAAUAAAAGAUAAGUAAAGAGCAACACGAGCCAUUAAAAGGUACUAUAUUUGAAUUUUAUUUGAAUAAUUCAAAAUAAUAAAUAUCAGAUACCAUACCUUUAAUAAAUGCAACAUUAUAUCAUUAAUAAGCAGAAGGUUUUUAUAUACUACCCAAUAAAACAGAGACUCAAAAUUUUUAUAAACUUUAUUAUAAAAAUUACAUGCAUACUAAAUAACAAGAAUAUAACUUUGGUCUACAAAUUUCAAAAAAAGGAUGGAUUUAAAUAGAAACUUAAAAAAGUAAAGCAAAACGUUUAAAUUUAUGA